UCAAUCUUCACUUGAAUUAUUUCUUAUAAUCUUCAAUUCAUUCCGUUACUCACUUUCAUAUUCAAAGAAAAUGGAUUCCAACCAGGCAAGCUACAAUGCUGGACAAGCCAAGGGCCAAACUCAGGAGAAGGCUAGCAACAUGAUGGACAGAGCUAGCAAUACUGCUCAAUCUGCCAAGGAAUCAAUGCAAGAGACUGGUCAGCAAAUGCAGGCAAAGGCACAAGGAGCUGUUGAUGCUGUGAAGAAUGCAACGCACAACAAAUAAACUAAUUAUGUUAGAUGGAUCAUGAAUCUGUCAAUUUUUAAUUAGUUUUUUUUUAAAGAAAUGGUUAAAGAGCAUUUAAUAUUAUAUGAUAAAAAAUGCUCUCUCUUUUUGUUUUUUAUGUUUAGGAGUCUUUUUAAUAAGACACUUUUAGUCCUUUUAG